CAAAGUGUUAACGAUUUAACUAUAAAUUCCUGCAUAAUCUACACAGUUUUUCAAUGGUGGAACUGAAGAAGCCGAAUGCUUUGCAGCAAGCGCUUUAAAGACUUAGGUUAUGUUGUUAUUUAAUCUGUUUAUGUCGCAGCUGAUUGCCGAAUUGCGAAUCAAGGGGCGACGUACGUUACGAAACGCGCAGCAUGCAAUUGAUAGGCUGACGUUUGGGCAUUAAUAACAUUUAUGUUGGCAAUAACUAAUAAUACAAACAACAAGGAAAAAUACCGUUAAUCAAAGGCAAAAAGGAAAAAAGAAGAAGUGGGAGAGGACGAGGCUUGUUGGGACGCAAGGGCAGGCACGCACGGCCGCUGAUUCGUCCAAAGCAGAGCAAUUUAGCCAUUUUGUUUUUGCUGUAGAAAAAACCGGCUCGUACGUAGACAAAGGAGAAAGUCAGCAGCCGCACGAUGUCCUCCAAAAGAAAGAAGAUGCCAAUGAAGAAACAAGCCGCCAAGAAAGCGAAACGCAAGGAGGAGACCGACGAUUCUGAUCUUACCGAUGGGGGUGAGGGAGAUGCCCCCCAACCUGACGAAGUCUUGAUUGCAGGCCAUGGGGACGUUUUAGAUGAGCUGAGUCCCCUUCCUCAAGAACUGCUAAAUACGCUACUGCAGCCUGUAGGUCAAUUAGUAUUUUUCGGAGCCGUAAACUGGGAUGCGGCAGGCAAACGAGAGUUCAAAGGCGUCAAGAUGGUUCCCAAUUUAUGGUCUCCACAUCGAUUCGGCGAUUGGAAGGUUCGUCUGGCCGUCAGCGGAUGUACUGCAGCUCAUAACGUGCUGGUAGACGGUGAUGGCAAAACCUAUACUUUCGGUCGAAAUCCUCAGGGCCAGCUGGGUCUCGACAACACCACGUCCACUGCAAAGCCUCUGCUCGUUCCCGCGUUGGAGAAAAUGAACGUGAUUAGUGCGGCAUGUGGGAGGCAUCACACUUUGUUUCUGACUGACACUGGCACCGUAUAUGCUUGUGGUGACAACAAGUCGGGACAAUGUGGGGUGGGAAAUCUGCAGCCUCAAAUCCUAACUCCAACGAGAAUUAACUAUCGGGGACCACCGAUUGUUAAGAUUGGCUGUGGUGCGGAAUUUUCCGUGAUUCUCGAUAUCAAGGGGGGUCUGCAUACGUUCGGCCUGCCCGAGUACGGUCAGUUGGGCCACAACACGGACGGCAAGUACUUUAAAACGGCGACAAAGUUGUGCUACAACUUUCAGACCAGUCCUAAGCGGGUGGUACUGUACAUCGAGAAGAGCAAAGACGGGCAUGUUUCGCCUGUUGAUGUGACGGAAAUCGUCGAUUUCAGCUGCGGUCCCAAUCACACUGUUUGCAUUGACAGUCGCAAACGGGCUUUCUCUUGGGGCUUCGGCGGCUUUGGGCGGCUGGGACAUGCCGAACAAAAAGAUGAAAUGGUGCCGCGGCUAAUCAAGUGCUUUGACACCCAGUCUCGUGGGGUACGCUCUGUGCACUGUGGUUCAACCUAUACAUUAGCAAUAACGGAAUUCAAUGGAUUGUUUUUGUUUGGUCAGACUAAACGAACUGGAGAGGCAAAUAUGUACCCAAAGCCUGUUCAGGAUUUGGCCGGAUGGAACAUCACGCAUAUUGGAACAAGUCACACGUCCAUUGUGAUCUCUGCGGAUGAGACGUGCAUCGCGUGGGGCGCUGCGCCCACUUUUGGAGAGUUGGGUUUUGGCGACAUGCAGAAAAGCAGCACGGUACCGAAAGAGGUCACCAAAAUGCAAGGCAUUAAGGUAGUGGGGCUCAGUAUGGGAUACUGGCAGACUUUGAUUAUCGCAUCAGAAGAGACGCCUGAACAUAAAGCAAAAGUUGACGCCUUAAAGCUGUACGAGCCUUAGAUGCGGAUGGGCACUUACUUUAAUUACUUAUUUCUCCGACAGAAAAAACUGUCCAUUAUUGUCUGGAACUGUUGGAACUUAUUUUACACCGCUGUGGAACAGCUUUUGAUGGUAAAUGUUCAAUUUUAUUUCACCGAUGUUUGUACGGAAAAAUGAGUGGUGUCUAAUUUAUAUUCAUGAAAGUUGUUUUUGAGGUAUUGAAUAAUCAAUACUUAUUAUUGAAAAGUGUAGGGUUGAGUUGUACGACUAAGCCGACAAAACCUAUAUCACACUUCAUCGGCCCGACAGUAUUUCUGUUUUUCCCUUUAUGGAAUUCUUUUACGUAUUUAUAUCAGGUGAUUGUUUAAGUGUCAGUCCAUUUUUAUAUACUUAGUUUUUCAGGAGUUUUCCAAAUAAAUACCCCAUUUGUAUA